GAACAGGAAGUUCCGGACAGAAGCGCACCAUUAUUCAGUGUAAAGAAAGCGCCAGAACGCUGCAGUCAAGAAGAUAACAUUCUUGUCCUUUUCUAUUUAUUACUACAGGUUAAGUCUGAGGCUGGUAACAUCAACAUUGAAGACAAACCCAGCCUGCCUCUCUCCUUCCACACUGAGUCCAAACCUACAAUCACUGGGUCCUGAUUGUGACAGACGAGCCCAGUUUGCACUGCAGGAUCCAGAGAUGGCAUCAGUGAAGCUGGAAGACUGCAGUCCAACAAUGGAGCUGAAUAUUGACAUUAAAGAUGAAGAAGAGGAGGAGAAGAUUGGGGGAUCUGUUAGUCAUGGAAUGAGGCCAGUAACAUCAACAGUGAGGACAAUCCCAGCCUGCCUCUCUCCUUCCACACUGAGUCCAAACCUACAGUCACUGGGUCCUGAUAAUGACAGUGGAGGCCAGUUUUCACUGCAGGAUCCAGAGAUGGCAUCAGUGAAGCUGGAAGACUGCAGUCAAACACUGGAGCUAAAUGUCAACAUUAAAGAUGAAGAGGAGGAGGAAAAGAUUGGGAAAUCUGUUUCUCAUGGACGACUAGAAUUAAGUCUGAAGCCGGUAACAUCCACAGUGAAGACAACCCCAGCCUGCCUCUCUCCUUCCACACUGAGUAGAAACCUACAGUCACUGGGUCCUGAUUGUGACAGUGGAGCCCAGUUUGCACUGCAGGAUCCAGAGAUGGCAUCAGUGAAGCUGGAAGACUGCAGUCAAACACUGGAACUGAAUGUCAACAUUAAAGAUGAAGAAGAGGAGGAGAAGAUUGGGGAAUCUGUUUCUCAUGGAGACCAUGUCGGAGAGCAACAGCCGGAAGAUCACAGAGCUAAGAGGUCUCACCAGUGCCCACAUUGUGAGGAGAUUUUCCCAAUUCUAUCAAAGCUAAAAACACACCUAAAAAUACACACUGGCGAGAAUCCGUAUUCCUGCUCUGACUGUGGGAAGACUUUCUCCCGAUUGGAUACCUUUAAAACUCAUGAACGUAUACAUACAGGAGAGAAUCCGUAUUCCUGUACUGACUGUGGGAAGAGUUUCACAACAUCAGGAACUCUGACAAUUCAUCAGAGAGUGCACACUGGAGAGAAGCCUUACUCCUGCUCUGACUGUGGGAAGAGGUUCUCUCAACAGAUCCAUUUACAAAAACACCAACAUAUUCAUACUGGAGAGAAGCCUCACUGCUGCUCUGACUGUGGGAAGAGUUUCUCUCAACAGAACCACUUAAAAUGUCACCAGCGAAUACAUACAGGCGAGAAGCCUUACUCCUGCUCUGACUGUGGGAAGAGUUUCAUCCGAUUGGAUAUUUUAAAAUGCCACCAGCGAAUACAUACAGGAGAGAAGCCUUAUUCCUGCUCUGAGUGUGGGAAGAGUUUCUCCCAACUGGGUAACUUAAAAACACACCAACUUAUACAUAAAGGAGAAAAGCCUUACUCCUGCUCUGACUGUGGGAAGUGCUUCACAACAUCAACUGAUGUAAAAGUUCAUAAAAGAGCACACACAGGAGAGAAGCCUUACUACUGCUCUGACUGUGGGAAGAGUUUCUCCAGAUUGUAUACCUUAACAACACACCAACGUAUACAUAAAGGAGAGAAGCCUCAUCAGUUCUCUCAGACCAUGGGGGGACAGGAAGUUCCGGGUUGGCGCCCACCAUUCUUCGGAAUAAAGAAAACGCCAGAACUGUGCUGUCCGUUUAUCGUUGUUUCUACAGGCCGACUCAGAUUAAGUCUGAGGUCGGUAACAUCCACAGUGAGGACAAACCCAGCCUGCCUCUCUCCUUCCACACUGAGUCCAAACCCACAGUCACUGGGUCCUGAUUGUGACAGUGGAGCCCAGUUUGCACUGCAGGAUCCAGAGAUGACAUCAGUGAAGCUGGAAGACUGCAGUCAAACACUGGAGCUGAAUGCCAACAUUAAAGAUGAAGAAGAGGAGGAGAAGAUUGGGACAUCUGUUACUCAUGGAGAACAUGUUGAGACAUUCUCUACGUCCAGAGGGCAACAGCAGGAAAAUCACAGAGCUAAGAGGUCUCAUCCCUGCCCACAUUGUGAGGAGAUUUUCCCAUUUCUAUCAAAACUAAAAAUACACCUAAAAAUACACACAGGAGAGAAUUUGUAUUCCUGCAUUGACUGUGGGAAGAGUUUAAAAACAUCACAGGCUCUGACAGUUCAUCAGAGAGUGCACACUGGAGAGAAACCCUACUCCUGCUCUGAUUGUGGGGAGCGUUUCUCUCAUCAGAGCAACUUAAAAACACACCAACGUAUACACACAGGGGAGAAGCCUUACUACUGCUCUGACUGUGGAAAAUGUUUCACAACAUCAACUGGGCUAAGAGUUCAUCAGAGAACACACACAGGAGAGAAGCCUUACUUCUGUUCUGACUGUGGGAGGAGUUUCAUAACAUCAAGGACUCUGACAGUACAUCAGAAAAUGCACACUGGAGAGAAACCUUACUACUGCUCUGAUUGUGGGGAGAGUUUCUCUCAACAGAGCAAUUUUAAAACACACCAACGUACACACACAGGAGAUAAGCCUUACUACUGCUCUGACUGUGGGAAGGGUUUCUCUCAACAGAUCCACUUAAAAUGUCACCAGCGAAUACACACCGGAGAGAAGCCGUACUGCUGCUCUGAGUGUGGGAAGGGUUUCUCCCAACAGAGCAACUUAAAAUGUCAUCAACGCAUACAUAAAGGAGAGAAGCCUUACUCCUGCUCUGACUGUGGAAAGUGCUUCACAACAUCAACUGAGCUAAAAGUUCAUCAAAGAGGACACACAGGAGAGAAACCUUACUCCUGCUCUGACUGUGGGAAGAGUUUCUCCCAACAGGGCAGCUUAAAAAUACACCAACGUAUACAUAAAGGAGAGAAGCCUUACUCCUGCGCUGACUGUGGGAAGUGCUUCACAACAUCAACUGAGCUAAAAAUUCAUCAAAGAAGACACACAGGAGAGAAGCCUUACUUCUGCUCUGACUGUCAGAAGAGUUUCUCCCAAUUGGCUACCUUAAAAACACAUCAACGUAUACAUAAAGGCAAGAAGCCUCAUCAGUUGUCUCAGGCCAGUUAAGAUUAGUCACUCCAUCGCUUCAUUCUCAUCUCAUAAAGGAAGUGGUAACAGGGAAUUUGAUAACAUUAAGACGAACACUCUAUUGUAAUCCUAUUGUUUCUCAUUGACAACUGUGCAGAGGGGGUGGUGCUGGAGAUGAAUAUUCAAUUGUAUAUGAAGUUGAAACAUUUAAACAUUUUCCUUUUAAGGCAAAAACAAUAGGAGGGUGGUUGGUUGGUCGGGGUGGAUGGGUCUGCAUAUAACAUGAAUGUGUUGCAACCCAAAGGUUUCAUGUUCGAAUCUCAUCAUAGACAACUUUUGCAUUUGAGCUAAUAAGCAACUUUGCAACUACACUACAUGACCAAAAGUAUGUGGACACCUGCUCGUCAAACAUCUCAUUACAAAAUCAUGGGCAUUAAUAUGGACUUGGUCCCCACCUCUGCUGCUAUAACAGCUUCCACUCUUCUGGGAAGACUUUCCAGUAGAUGCUAGAACAUUGCUUUGGGGACUUUCUUUCAUUCGGCUCGAAGUCAGCGUUCCAAUUCAUCCCAAAGGUGUUCGAUGGGGUUGAGGUCAGGGCUCUGUGCAGGCCAUUCAAGUUCUUCCACACUGAUCUCAAUAAACCAUUUUUGUAUGGACCUUGCUUUGUCCAUAGGAGCAUUGUCAUGCUGAAACAGGAAAGGGCCUUCCCCAAACUGUUGCCACAAAGUUGGAAGCACAGAAUCGUCAAGACUGUCAUUGUAUGCUGUAGCGUUAAGAUUUCCCUUCACUGAAACUAAGAGGCCUGGCCUGAACCAUGAAAAACAGCCCUAGACCAUUAUACCUCCGCCACACAUUACAUUUGACACUAUGCAUUGGGGCAGGUAUCGUUCGCCUAGCAUCCACCAAACCCAGAUUUGUCCAUCAGACUUCCAGAUGAGGCGUGAUUCAUCACUCCAGAAAGUCCAAUAGCUUUACACCACUCCAGCUGACGCUUGGCAUUGCACAUCUGGGUGAUUUUAGUCUUGUUGCUCAGCCAUGGAAAACUCCUUUUUUGUGAAGCUCCCGACGAACAUUUCUUAUGUUGACGUUACUUCCAGAGGCAGUUUGGAACUCGUUAGUGAGUGUUGCAACCGAGGACAAAUUAUUUUUACGCGCUUCAGCACUUGGCGGUCCCGUUCUGUAAGCUUGUGUGGCCUACCACUUCACGGCUGAGCCGUUGUUGCUCCUCGAUGUUUUCACAAUAACAGCACUUACAGUUGACCUGGGGAGCUCUAGCAGUGCAGAAAUUUGACAAACUGACUUGUUGGAAAGGUGGCAUCCUAUGACAAUGCCACUUUGAAAGUUGUUGAGCUCUUCAGGCCAUUCUACUGCCAACAUUUGUCUAUGGAGAUUGCAUAACUGUGUGCUCGAUUGUAUACACCGGUCAGUAAAGGGUGUGGCUGAAAUGGCCGAAACCACUAAUUUGAAGGGGUGUCCACAUACUUUUGUGUGUGUGUGUAUCUCUCUCUCUUUUUUAUAUAUAUAUGAGAUAUAGAUAUCUCAGCAAAAAAAGAAACGUACUCUCACUGUCAAGUGCGUUUAUUUUCAGCAAGCUUAACAUGUGUAAAUAUUUGUAUGAACAUAAGAUUCAACAACUGAGGCAUACACUGAACACGUUCCACAGACGUGACUAACAGAAAUGGAAUAAUGUGUCCCUGAACA